AUGGCAGAUACGCAACAUUUACAAGUGACAGCACCUCCACCACCAUCUAUGGGUAAUGAGAAUGUGGAAACAACUCCAUAUAGAAGAGGUCAUCGUCAUAAGAGGUCCUUUGCCAUCUCAGGCGAUUUUGAGUUUGUAAAGACCAUGGAACCAUCUUCAGUGCCACCGCCAUUACCAUUUAACGUUACUUCACCAACACCAAUGUCACCAGCACCUUUAGAACCUGAAUAUGCUGCGAAGCCCACACCAUCUGCCUUGCAGUCUCCGAAAUUUUUUGUUAGUGAAGACCCCAAGUUCUCUUCACCUUUCAAGGGAGUCCCAGACGCUAUUAUCAAUUUGGAUGAUGCUUUAAAGACCAAACCAAGGUCUUUCAAGAGUCACAGAAGGGCGGAGUCUGCGCCCGCAGACCUAGAGGCUUUCAUGAAUUUGAAGAAUUUUGGUAAUAGCAAUGGUGAUACUAAGGAAGAAUCGGCGUGUAUUCGGGAAGAGGAUGAUGACGAUGGUGGUAAUAAUGAUGAUACGGUAAGGACGCGUGCUAAUGCAGAAACUCAAUUGAUGUCACCAUUAAGACCAAGAUCGCCGACGCCGGGUGAUGUGAGAAGUGAUAAUCUGGGUUUCCAUAGUGGAUCUCCUUCCAGGAAUAAUACUUUGCAUGCUAAUGGCGGUGGUAAUUUCAACAACUCGUUAAAAAUUAAUAGACAAAAGCAGAGAUAUUACCAUUAUACAAAGCAAUUACCAAUCCAAGCCGCCUCACAAAUUCAAUCGCAAUCCCUGAAAGGUCAGGCUUCUUCCGGCUCGCUUUCAUCGGCAAAUAUGCAAACACCUGGAUCAAUGGCGCAUACGCCUUCUAAACAAAUGACAACGCCAUUGACUCCAGUGAGCAGUGGUAAUCCAAGAUUCCAACCUUCACAUGUGAAGAACGAUGACAGACCUACGAGUCCAACUCUUCGGAAUCAUCAUCAUAAUCAUACUCAAGUUUCGAAUAGGAAUGGUCCAAGUUCCACCUCUUUCAACUACGAGUCCAAAUUGUAUGAUAUGCCCCAUAGCAUAACGGUCACAAAAUCGCCAUCAUCUACAUCAAACGACAAUAGGACUUUGAAUCAUAAUCAAGAUUUAGCUUUCUCCCAGGAGGAGAAACAAAGUUCCCAACGUUAUCAUGGAUCGUCAUCCUCAUCAUUCAAUUUGUCAGUUUCUUCAACUAAACAAUCUAACACAGAAGAAGAGAAUAAUUUAAUUCCGGAAUCAUUGCUUCUAGGUGAACCAGGUGACGCUGAAGAUCCAACCGUUUCAUUAGAUCGUGAAUUUGCUCGAGGAUUACAUCCAGUAUCUGCUGAAAACCGUUUACCAUCGGGAAGUGAUAGCACCAGUGCUAAAAGCCAUCAAGAGUCAGGAACUGUCAGCGGCAGCGUUUGCAUUACGGAAAGAGAACAGUCAAAGGAUAAAAAAAAGAAAAAAUCAAGACUUAGCUCAUUUAUGAGCCUCUUUGCCAGAUCACCAUAUCAUCAUUAA